UCCGCGCAUGAGGCAGCGCCUGGCACGGCCCGCGCAGCGCCAACCGGUACCCCGAGCGUAAGUGCGGACCGCGGCCGCGCGCGUGCGCACUCGCCUCAGCGCGCGGGCAGGCGCCCGACCGUUGGCUCGCUAGCGGGGCGGCAGUGCCGGGCGGCCCCGCGCGCCCCGCCGGCCGGUGGUUGCGGGGCCUCCCGCCUGGCGCGGGGCUACGGGCAGCCGUGGCGGCCGCCGGAGACCGCAAGGGGCGGCGCAGAGGCGGAGCGGGCCGGCCACGAGCCGCGCAGGAAGCGCCGAGCAUGCCCCGCGACAACAUGGCCUCCCUGAUCCAGCGCAUCGCUCGCCAGGCUUGCCUCACCUUCCGCGGCGGCGCAACGGGCUCUGAUGCCCCCGCGCCCGGCUUCCCGGAGAACCUGAACCAGCUGAAGACCCUGCUGACCCAGGUGCGCGCCGAGGACCUCAACAUCGCGCCGCGCAAAGCGCUGCCACAGCCGCUGCCCCGCAACCUGCCGCCGGUCACCUACAUGCACAUCUACGAGACCGAGGGCUUCAGCCUGGGGGUGUUCCUGCUCAAGAGCGGCACGUGCAUCCCGUUGCACGACCACCCGGGCAUGCACGGCAUGCUCAAGGUGCUGUACGGCACGGUACGCAUCAGCUGCAUGGACAAGCUGGAGGCCGGCGCCGGGCCGAGGUCGCCGCCGCCUGAACAGCAGUUCGAGCCGCCGCUGCAGCCCCGGGAGAGGGAGGCCGUGCGGCCCGGCGUGCUGCGCUCCCGGGCCGAGUACACCGAGGCCAGCGGGCCCUGCGUGCUCACGCCGCACCGGGACAACCUGCACCAGAUUGAUGCGGUGGACGGGCCAGCCGCCUUCCUGGACAUCCUGGCCCCACCCUACGACCCAGAAGACGGCCGGGACUGCCACUAUUACCGUGUGCUGGAGCCCAUCAGACCGAAGGAGGCUUCCAACUCUGCCUGCGACCUUCCCCGAGAAGUGUGGCUCCUGGAGACCCCACAGGCCGAUGACUUCUGGUGCGAGGGAGAGCCCUAUCCAGGCCCCAAGGUCCUGCCUUGAGGCUCCUGCCGCCCCCGGGAACUGUGGGCCAAAGCUGUGCCCUGCCCUGCACAAGAAAGGCCUGGCUGCCAGCGACCUACCAUAAGGGCUCUUCUCCCUCUACCCCACUCGCCUGAUGGAUGGAUCUACUGGAGUGAGCAGUGCCUCAUCUUGGGCGACCUUGGGGAGCACGGCCCACUGGAGUACAGCCACUGGGCACGGUUAUAGGGUGGGUGGGCGGGAGGCUAGGUUGCUUCCUGGUACUGUCACUGCCACCAAGGCUUUGAUUUAAGGGAGUGAGUGGGGCAGGGGACCCAAAAGCGCUUCCAUCCUAAAGCCAUAAAGAAAAUAUUCUUGUUUCUCAUUCCCUACAAAAUACACUAAGGUAUUUGAACCCCUUCUCCCCUUGGUGACUUGAAAUUUGUUUUCUCCUGCCCACAUGACCUCUUGCUCCUUAAUAGUUUAUUACUCAUUGUGCAUGACCCCGAUUUGUUUUUUUAGUUCAAGUCAUUGGUUUGGUUUAAACACACACACCCAAAAACAAAUAGAGUUCCUACAAAACCAUAUUGAGUUUCUAAACCGGGCAGUUCUGAAAAGACCUCUUUCCAGCACUGGGAUUCACCCUCAUAACCAUGGGUGUUGAUAAUUUCGAACCUCCCCUUGCUUGCUAGCCACAUCUGGUGUACUCAGGUAGCCUUCAGUAAGUUCACAUCUGUGAACUCCCUGAGGUCAGGCCCGUAGAGCUCCUCCCCCAUGAGUCUCCUGAUCUGUCAUUUCAAUAGAUUGUUGUUGGGGAGUCACCUUUACAGACUAUUAUCCUCAAGUGACUUUUCUUUAUGCACCUCAAAGAUGAUAAUAAUUAUGUGGUUUCUAACCAGAAGGUUCAGAGGAGCUGAAUCUGGCAUGCUUCCAAAUAACUGAAUGUGCAGCCCUUGGCCACCUAUUGAAUUCCAUACUCUAUUUACUUCCAGUGUCUUCCUGUGAAAGGAGAGAAGGGUACUCUGAUGAGUUUUGUUGUUGCUCUUUUGUUUUGCUUUUUUUCUCUCUCUCCCAGGACCCUGCAGAUCCAGCUGUGUUGCUGGGGGUACUAUCCCAGAACUCCCUUAAGCCAGUGCUGGCACCUGUCGCCCCUUUCUGAACAGGUGGAGGGUAGUACUGUGGGAGGGGCUCUGGGUGUAGGCUGCUUGCCCAGCAGGCAAGAAGCCCUGGGCUCGACCCCCAGCACCGCAGAAACCAAGUGUGGUGCACACCUACAGCUCCAGCAUUUAGGAAGUGGAGGCAGGAGGAGCCCUUCAGUGUCAUUCCUGACUACGUAGUGAAUUUAAGAGGAACUUAAAUGGCUAUAAAUAAAUGUGUGUGUGUACAUGCACACACAUAUAUAAUGCAUGAAGGGGAUAGACAACUGAGAAUUUAGCCAUCUAAGGGCAUCAAGAUUGGAGAUUACACCCUUGUGCCAACUCUUGCACCAAACUGCUGUAGUUCUGUCCACGCAUUACCGUCUUUACCAUGUUUACAGAUGUGUUGACACCAUAGCUUCUGGCCAUGGAGCACGGGUUCUCCUUUUCUACUAUUCACAGGCUUCCUUUUUAUCGCAGGUCUUUUCAUAAAAACAAACUGUAGAAAUGAAAUGUGCCCAGCUGUCUUCUAAGCCCUCUUGAUGGCUUGUGUGGCAAUAGAAUUCUAAUAUCUGUAAUAAAUGGAGAUUUAACUAUCACGGGUGGCAAGUGUUUGUUGACCCGGUAGGGAAACUGCUUUUGACUCCACGUAUCCAGGUUACACAGUCCUAGGCUGAAGGGGUGUUUGUUCACAGUCCAGUUGUUAAAGUACCACCAAAAACGCAAAUUGUUGGUCCUUUGGCUUAUGGGGUUUUGUUUCAUUUUAAUCAAAGUGAAAACAACAGGACAGUGAAAACCUGUUUUAAACCUAACACAGGUCCAACAGCAAGGGCUUCCACCAGGGCUGCUAGAGUUCAGGUUUCCCCUUGUGGAGUUUAAAUGUCCUUGGAUCCCUGUGGAACAGUUCUUUGAGCCACUCAUUGGAAAGUCUAGGUAGGAAGUGAUGGUUUUAAACUUGAUAAUUUUUUUAAUAGAAUAGUGAUGGGCGUGGUUCUCAGCCACACACAGUUUCUGAAUUGCAGCAAAGGUUGUUGAGAGUCGUAUAGCAUAUUCUAGGGUACUUUAAACUAGCCUGUAGAAACCUAUCCUGCAGCGAGGCUAGUAAUAAAAAUUAUCAUGAAAGCCUUUAUUGCAAAAGAGGAGGGGAAAAGUUAAAGGUUGAUUACAAGCAAUUUAGAAGGAAAAAAACCUAAGGUGCUUUUCAAAAGAAUAACUGAAACUGUUCUGGGCUAAAACAGCAAUACUAUGCUCCUCAUUGGUUCAGUAAGAACAGUGGAACUGUUGUUUCACUGAUACAUUGAGUAAAUUUAUGCUGAAAACAGUGUAACAUUUUAAUGAGCCACUAUAGAAAGAAUAUGCUCAUUACUAAGGCAAAAUGUGCAGAAAAAUCCUUGCACUUCUAUGCAUAAACUAUUAGCUAUAACUGCUGCCGUUGUGUUUCCACAUAUGUCUACACUAUAGAUUGUGGUCUAGAAACUGGGAUUAAAGUUACCGUCUCCUUUCCUUUGGAAAGACCAAUGAGCACAAUGGUAUCAGCACUUUUUUUGAUGAGUAAUAAAUGCAAUAAAUAACUAUAGCUCAUGGAUGAGAAACUGUCUGAUAUUUGGAUAAGAUAUUGUCUGUCUAAAUACUCUGAAGCUUUUAAAUUUCAUAGUUAUUUCAGUGACUACUUCAUUGUAAGAUUUUUUUUUUUUUGUACCUUCCUACUCCUGAGAGAAUUGAUGGGUUUCAUACCACAUUGCUGCUGGUUAAGUGAAAAGGCCUGCUUUUUAAGUAAUGUGUUUUAUCAAUAGGAGUGAGUUCUUUGACAUGAGGAGAGUCCCUCUGUCAAAAUGUAUACUUUCACCCCCCCUUGCAUUGUCUUGUAGAUUCCUUGAUCUUGACAUCUGGGGAGGACUUUGCCAACUCCUGUUACAAAUGAGCCCAGUGCUUUAGUUCUCCUGAUCGGCAGAGAAACAGUGUAUUCCAAGUUCAGACCUCUGCCGUUGCUGUUCAGCAUUUACUCCUGUGACUGCAAGCUCAAAUUCAAAGCUUAUGGUUCCACACAAUCCAGAUGCUCCAGAUGCUCAUUGGUCCAUUGCGCUGAGGUUGCUGCUGUCAAAGAAGGAGAUCAUUUGUUAAUGGCACCCAGUCUUUAAAUGCAGGGGUGUUUUCGUUUCUGAGUAAAAUCUGUGUACUUACGGGAAAUAAAGGCAUGUUUAAAAUUA